AUGAGAUUUUCAUGGAAUACGGGCCUCGUAUUCGCAUUAGCUGUGACGGAAACGACGGGUUCAAGGAACUGGUCACCAAGGCUGUCUCAUCUACAAAAUGCACAUGCCUCAACUGCUUCCAAGCGACGAACUUCGAACGAUUCGACCGCCGCAUACUCCAAAUCUAAUCAACGACAUCACCAACUGCCUGCCGUGAACGGAAUCCCAUUGUCAAGGAACUCGUCGAGGUCUGGCUCCAUGCAGGGCGAUACGGGAUAUCUUCUACCUAAUCGAGUGGAUGCCUUGGGGAAACGGGAACCCGCCCUUAGUCGAACUGGCAGUGAAGCAGAUAGCCUCUUGGAUUUGUCUGGUCGAGAAUCAGCCAACCGCAGUGCUGUGAACGUGAUGGAAUCUGGGGAACAGAAGAGUCACAAGCUUUGGUUCGGGAACGAAGAAUUAGACAGUGCCAAUUGGAUCCAUCGGGACAAAUUGGCUAAAAUAGAAAGUGAGGAAUUGCAACAAUUUGGUAUUCAGUUCCAUCAACAACAGGUUCGUGCCGGGAGUAAAUCAAGCAGCAGACGAGGGCGGAGCCACGAUUCCCAUAACAAUACUGCAAAUGGAAUCGCGGAGCCUGGGGAACAAUGGCCUGGAACUCGAGAAGAAAAGCGCCAGCGUAUCACAUCACCCACACCUAUUGCAUAUGAGGAACAGGAAGGACGUAAUACCACCGAUAUGAUGGUAUUUGAUGACCCCCGUUUACCUGAAGAAAUUGCUGCAGAUCCGUACGAGGACGGAGGAAACACUUACCAUGUGUUUCGCCAAGUUUCUGGACUUAGGAAAAGCUCUUCUAGAAUACCUGUUCUUGCGACGAGUCCGCACCCUAUCCCACUUGAACAUCUUGAACGCGAAUUCCCCCUAAAUCGCACUCGAAAUAAUACGCUUGGGAGCGGAGAUGAUGAUAAUAUUGCAUAUGCAAAGACUCGCAAGUUUAGCGAUCCAAUACAGAUCGCAGCUGAUGAUAUUUCUGAACCCAAAACGCAUUCACAGCCGCAGUCACAGCCGCAUCCGCAAAAUCAAUCAACACCCUCAGCAGAAUCUACACCUCCUCCCGGGAGUCGACCGUCCAGCAACAGCAACACUCAACAACAGCCGAGUUCUCCCGUCAAGUCCAAAACAAGCACCAAACAGACAACCACCACUCGCAAAACAUCUGUCCCACCUAAUAAUCGCAAGACAUCGACAUCUAAAUCCAAAGCCACGGCUAGUAGCAGUAACAACAAUAGCUUUUCAUCCAGUCAGCGUCCAUCGACCAGAUCUGGUGAAAACCGUCCCCAGACUGCGGUGAACCGUCCAGAAGGGGAUCCUCCAUGGUUAGCAACCAUGUACAAACCGGAUCCACGUCUCCCGCCCGAUCAGCAGAUUCUUCCCACCCACGCGAAAAGACUCCAGCAAGAGCAGUGGGAGCGAGAAGGAAAGGUCCCUUCGAUGUAUGACAGAGAAUUUGCGCCAUUGCCCAUUAAUGAACUUGAUAAACCCACCCUACCCUCUCUGGCUCUCGAUGUCGAGAAAGCACAAGAAACAGCAACAACAGCAACAACAAACAACAACCAAACCCUAUGGCCACCAACGCCAAAAUCUCCAAAAUCCCCAGACCUCAACAAUCGGCCAGGCACGAGCGGGACAGAUCAUGGCGGUUACAAAACUAUACCAACCGUGCAGUCCUCUCUAUCUCCCAAGCCAUCGCAAGUGUCGAAACCUCACCCUCAACCUCUGCCUGCAGAUGAUAUGCCUCCUGUUAAGGAGAAGGGGUGUGGUUGUUGCAUUGUCAUGUAA